AUGAGUUCUGACUAUUCAAAACAAUAUGCGGAUUUUAUAGGGGCGCUUGAAAAGCUCUUCCACAUAAAAUCUAAUGAACCUAUCGAAGAUAUGUGCAGUAUAAUUACAACCACUUUGAUUUCGAAGUAUCAACUUUCAAUCAAUCAACUUACGAAGUUAAUUCUUGAGGCAAUUAGAUACAAUUAUGCAUCUGGAGCGAAUUACGUCAAAAUACUCGAACAGAUCGGGGCUGACCUAACCGGAGUUUCGGAUUACCAUUUUGAAACAGAGGAUUCGAUUAAAUUUAUAGUUAUGCAUGAUCAAAUUGAUAAGUUCAAGGAAUACUUAACUCAAAAUUCAAUAUCUGGUGAUAUUUUUCUCGAAAUUCCUAAUUUCAGGUACAAUGCUUAUAACUAUCUAAAAUAUUCUGCAGAGUUAUCACUAAUUGAAGCAUGUGCCUACUUUGGAUCUGUUAACAUUUUUUAUUUCUUGAUUUCGAAUCAAAUCUGUAAAAUAACUAAAAGAUGUCUUUGCUACUCAGUAAUUGGAGGAAAUCAAGACAUCAUCAACGAAUGCUUGAAAGAAAAUAAAAUGGAUAUUGCUUGUCUCAGAAGCAUUAUAAGAGCACACAAUCACGAAUUGCUUGAAUAUGUUUUAAAUAGAGAGAUAUUCGAGCUUGAUGAUUUAUACGGUGAGAAUUGGAAAUGGGGAAUAGAAGAUAAUUGUAUGGGAGAUGUAAAUUAUAGACCUAUUUAUAAAGAUAUCAUCAGAUAUCAAAACCUUAAUGCUGUAUUUCUUCUAUUCAAAAGGAACAAAUAUUACAUCUUUCCAUGGGGUGCUGCAUUUCCGCAAACAAUAGAUAUUUUCAAAAACAAUACAUUUUCUAACAAACAUAAUCACACCAAAUGUGGAAUUAUUCAUUUUGCAUGUAAAUCAAAAAAUUCUGAUAUUUGCAUAUUAAUACUUGAGUCAUACAAUCAAAUUAUAGUCAAUAAUAAACACGGUAUAGAUAUCAAUAAAAAAGCUAAAAAUGGAAAAACAGCUCUUCAUAUUGCAGCAAGUCACACUAGUAAAGAAAUCGUCGAACUUCUUAUUUCACAUGGUAUAAAUAUCAAUGAAAAAGAUAAAAAUGGACAAACCGCUCUUCAUUUUGCAGCAAUUAAUAAUAGUAAAGAAACAGCCGAACUUCUUAUUUCACAUGGUAUAAAUAUCAAUGAAAAAGAUAAUGAUGGACAAACCGCUCUUCAUUUUGCAGCAAAACAUAAUAAAAAAGAAACAGCCGAACUUCUUAUUUCACAUGGUAUAAAUAUCAAUGAAAAAGAUAAAAAUGGACAAACCGCUCUUCAUUUUGCAGCAAAACAUAAUAAAAAAGAAACAGCCGAACUUCUUAUUUCACAUGGUGCAAAUAUCAACGAAAAAGGUCUUUAUGGAUACACCGCUCUUCAUUAUGCAGCAAUUAAUAAUAGUAAAGAAACAGCCGAACUUCUUAUUUCACAUGGUAUAAAUAUCAAUGAAAAAGAUAAUGAUGGACAAACCGCUCUUUAUUUUGCAGCAAAACAUAAUAAAAAAGAAACAGCCGAACUUCUUAUUUCACAUGGUAUAAAUAUCAAUGAAAAAGAUAAAUAUGGACAAACCGCUCUUCAUUUUGCAGCAAAACAUAAUAAAAAAGAAACAGCCGAACUUCUUAUUUCACAUGGUAUAAAUAUCAAUGAAAAAGAUAAAAAUGGAAAAACAGCUCUUCAUUUUGCAGCCUUUUUAAUAGUAAACAGCCGAACUUCUUAUUUCACAUGGUAUAUAAAUAUCAAUGAAAAAGAUAAAAAUGGACAAACCGCUCUUCAUUUUGCAGCAAUUAAUAAUAGUAAAGAAACAGCCGAACUUCUUAUUUCACAUGGUAUAAAUAUCAAUGAAAAAGAUAAAUAUGGACAAACCGCUCUUUCUUUUGCAAAAACAUAUAAAAAAGAAAUAGGCGAACUUCUUAUUUCACAUGGUAUAAAUAUCAAUGAAAAAGAUAAAAAUGGAAAAACAGCUCUUCAUUUUGCAGCCUGUUUUAAUAGUAAAGAAACAGCCGAACUUCUUAUUUCACAUGGUAUAAAUAUCAAUGAAAAAGAUAAAAAUGGACAAACCGCUCUUCAUUUUGCAGCAAUUAAUAAUAGUAAAGAAACAGCCGAACUUCUUAUUUCACAUGGUAUAAAUAUCAAUGAAAAAGAUAAUGAUGGACAAACCGCUCUUCAUUUUGCAGCAAAACAUAAUAAAAAAGAAACAGCCGAACUUCUUAUUUCACAUGGUAUAAAUAUCAAUGAAAAAGAUAAAAAUGGACAAACCGCUCUUCAUUUUGCAGCAAAACAUAAUAAAAAAGAAACAGCCGAACUUCUUAUUUCACAUGGUAUAAAUAUCAA